UUUCAUUGAACUAUUUGCAUUUGUAGUUGAAUCAUUAGAAAAUAUUUGUAAUUGGAAUGAUUCCACAGAAACGGAAGCUAAUAUACUAUUAAAAGCUAUUGAUUUAGAAUUUCUUAUAUCCUUACAAGUUAUACAAUUGGUUUUUUUUUCUUUUGGUUUACCAUUGUGUAAGUUGUUACAAAAAGAACAAAUUGAUUUGAGAGAAGCCUUGCUGAAGAUAUUAUAAAUGUAUUAAAAAAUAUCAGAUUAAAUUGUGAUACUGAAUUCCACAAAUUGUUUUUGCUAGCAAAAGAGAUGUCAGUAAUUAUAGAUAUAGACUUGAGUACUAUAAGAAUAUCUAAACGAAAAGUAAAUCGAGCAAAUCCAGAUCCCAAUUUAAGUGUUGAAGAAUACCACAAAGUGUCAGUAUUUAUACCCUACCUGGACUUUUUUAUACAACAACUAGGAGAAAGAUUUUCAAUCCAUUCUAAAAUUUUUAAAGAAUUGAAAUUGUGGAAGAUAAAACUUCAGCGAAUAAACAAUAUUCCGAAACCUGCAAUUGAAGCAUUACAUGUGUGUAAUGCCAAUAUUUAUCCAAAUUUGCAUUUUAUUUUAAAAAUACUAUGCACAUUUCCUGUUUCUACAAGUACGCCUGAAAGAAUGUGUUCCAGUCUUAAAAGAAUAAAAACGUAUCUUGGAAACAGUAUGUCCGAGACUUAAUGGUCUGGCAAUGUUGGCAAUUCAUAAUGAUAUUACAUUUUCAAAUGAAGAGGUCAUUGAUGAACUUGCCAAAAAGCCUAGGAAUCUGGACAUAAUAUUGUAAAAUAUUAAAACAUUUUAAAACAUAUUUGUAAAUGUAUAAUGUU